GCCUCGACUUACAUGAGUCAGUCUUUGAAUUCACAUCUUGAUCGAAAUUCAAGUCUUAAGACUGAAAACAACAAGCUAAGAAAAAUAUUAGUUUUUAAUAGUAUAUCAUUAAAGAGUUAAAAUUUGUUUGAUUUAAAAAAUGUUUGUUAAAAUCUUUGUUUUUGCAUUUGUAGUGGCAUAUGUAGUCGCAGAAAUACCUUCCUACAUUCAUGCGUGUAGCCGCAACAAUCCAAACUAUAAUCAAUGCGUUAUGGAUAACAUCAAUAAUGUAAAGGAUAAGAUUUGCAAAGGAUUUCCAGAAUUUGACAUUCCACCAAAUGAACCAUUACUUUUUGAAAGUGUUGUUUUUGAUGAAGAUAAUCUCAAGCUUCAUUUAAAACAAGCAAAAGUAUAUGGGUUUUGCAAUUUUGUCAUAAAUUCUGUUGAUACGGAUUCUGAAAAACUCCACUUUAAUAUUAAUAUUUUAUAUCCACGUCUUCAUAUAAACACCACGUAUGAUUUCGCAAUACGUUUGUUGGUGCCUAUCGCUCAUCAGGGAUUACUUGAAGCUGUUUCAGAAAAUAUAAUAAUGAAGGUAGGAUUGGACCUGAAAGUGAUAACCAAAAACCACAAAAAACAUAUAUUUGCCUCGAAAGUAAAUGUUAAUCUCAGUAUCAAAUCGUUUGAAUAUAAGUUUGAUCAGAGCAAAAAAGAAUUAACUCAAUUAUAUCAAAUUCUCAAUGAUAGUCUGAAGAACAAUCAGCAGGAUAUUAUUCGUAUUGUUAAACCAGAAAUAGAAAAAGAGGCUUCCAGAGCAAUUAUCUCAAUUUUUAACGGUAUAACCCGUUCUAAUUACAAAGAAUUAUUUCCAUAAAAAUAAUAAUUAUAAAUUGUAUAAUUGGAUUUACUGUUUACGUUAUAUAAAACUUAUGAUUAUAUACUGUAUUUUAUUUAUUAUUAAUAA